AGAGAGAGAGAGAGAGAGAGAGAGUUUACAAAGAAAUUUAACAAGAAAAACUCAUUUAAAAAACCUUGAUAAAUGUCAUGUAAUAAAUAAUUGAAUUAAUAACAUUUCUAAAAUAUAAUAUACAUAAAAUUAAUUUAACAAAUGUUUCAUAUAAACUUAAUUAUUUAAUUAAAUUUUGCUAAUUUUGCUUUUUAAUAAUUUUGUUCUCUCUUGCAAUUAAAAAAUUUUGAAUCUGUAUAAUUACAAAGGCGACGAGCGUUGAUCAAUUCUGCGAGAAUUACCAUAUGCGUAUUGCGAGAUAACGCGCAUGCGAGUGCUACAAUGAUCAAACGUGCUGAAAUAUUUUUUGCCAUGAUUGACGUCAUCUGUUAGAAAACGGAACUGUGCAACAAUAUUAAAAUUAGCGAUUUUACUCACAGAAAGUAGCACAAAAGGAUCAUUUUUAACGUACAUGUAACAAAAAAUACUUUUUACAAUUACAUGUAAAUAAUAAGUUUUUUUUAAUAUUUACAUAUUAUAUUUAUAUUAAACUCUGUAAAUAAAAAAAAAUUUCAAUAAAUCUAUUUACAUGUAGCCAAUUUGUACUACUUUUUAUUGCUUAUCAUGUUAUUCACUUUAUACUCGUAUAGUAAAAUCAAUAGAAGUUCUGUGUAUAUAUCACAAACAAUAAUAGCCUUAUUUGUACUUUAUUUAAUCAAAAUUAAAUUUAAAGAGUGUACAAUCAUAGAUUUUAUUAGAAAUAACGUUACAAUAAAAUGUCGAAACAAAAAUAAGCCUAGAUUACAAUUAUUUAGUAAAAUUAGUUAAAUGUACGUGUUUCUUGGUAUCAAGGUCAGAUAAGAACCAAAACAAUUAAUCGAAAGUGUUCUGCCCUGGUAUAAAAUUGACGUUUAAUAAGUGAAAUUGCGUGACUUGAACUGCCGACAAUGUAUCAUACCAGCGAGAUCGUUUAUCAGCUGUUACAGUUACUCGCCAAGUAUAGAGUUUAAUAAAGAUAAUAGGCAAGACUAGUAUCCAAGUCAAUUUUACCUCUUACAAACAUUAAGCAGGUAAAAAACAUUUUCUUCUCACACUUUACAACAAUUUGAUCAUGCACGCAAUUGUAAUAGAUAAUUUUUAGUUGUCGAAAACUUACUAUUCCUAUGAUUUAUGGUUUCAACCAAGAAACUGCAUAUAAUAUUUAGAAAAUGCCAUAUAAAUUUAUUUACAAUGCGUUAAUUUUAAUAUAAUUUAACUCAAGUAUGUAUUUAUUGUCCAUAGGUUGAUAGUGAAUAAUUUAAAAAGAUGUCGAGUGUGAAAAAUUUGAAACAGGCUCUUAUGCCUGUCAUUUGGCUCAACUGUAUAUUUUGCAUUGGAAUAUUCGAAAUACCCAAAAAUCGUCCACGAUAUUAUCUAAGUGCUUUCUAUGUCAUCGCAAUAUUAAUUGGAUAUUCCAUUUUCUUUUACAAUGGAUCUGACAUUUUACAGAAAACACUUGUAUUUAACCAUGUGAUGUUUUAUGUUAUUUUGGGAAUCAAUGCCUUAGUUGCCGUCUUAGCUAUAAUUUUAUUUUGGAAGAAAUCAGAGGGUAUGAAUAGUAUAAUUAAGAAGAAUGAAAUAGUGGAUGAUACUUUGGAGGCAUUGGGAAUAAAAAAAGAAUAUGAGAAAAUCUUUCGAAAUAUUUUGUUUCUUGUGGCUAUCUGGACAGUAACCAUAAUAGUAAUAUUCAACAUGAGUAUAUUAUGGACAUAUCGUGAGAUUGGAUAUUGGUAUUCCUUUUACGGUGCUGUAUGUGUUGGUUUUCCACUUACAAUUAAUUUUGUAAUAGACCUCACUUUCGCUUCGCUUAUCAGGCAAGUAAAUAUAUUCUCAAGGAAAUACUCAAAUAAUAAAAAAGUUUAUCCAAAGAAUUAUAAUUGUUAAGAUUUCUUUGUAUCCUAAAAUAUUUGUCGAUCAUAGUAAUGGCUCUUUAUAAAUUGUAUAGUUUUCAAUGUAUAAAUAUUAUAAGUAAAUGUAUAAUACGUCUGUGUUUAUAUGCACUUGAAUACUGAUUAAGAUUGUGAUGUGGCAGAUGUGUUUAUCUAAAAUUUCAGAAAAUAAAUAUUUUAAUCAAGAAUAUAGUGCUUUGUGCAAAUGAAUUAAAAGACAAGAUUCAUAAUCAAUACAAUAAUACAUCUAUUGUCAUGACAGACUAUAAAAAUCAUAAAAACAACAUAAUACAUAGCAUUCAAACGCUGAGGUAAGAUCAGUAAUAAUUUCUAUUUCUAUUAAAGUUUCAUACUGAUUCCGUCUGUAAAGAAAUUUUUGGCUUUUCUCGAAUCUGCGUGUAAAAGGAGCAUAGCAAAUUGAAAAAAAUUUGUGGUACAAAAUUAUUUCUCACGAAACUUGACAUAGACGUAGUAUGAAGUUAAGUAUAAAGAAACCAAAAUUGACUAAUUAAAUUCUGGUCAAAAUAAAUCCUGGUCAAAAAUUAGAAAACAGUUCCGGCGAGUUGUGCGAUGGCAAUACCUAUUUACUCAUUUAUACAAUCAUAUUUUAGCAUAUAAUCAGUUUCCUCAGUGUCUUUGCACUUUUUAUCGCUCUCCAAGACCUUCUCAGAACUAACUAAGUUACAAGAGUUGCUAAAAUAGACACCGCCAUCACAUGACCCGCCGGAUUUAUUUUCUAAUUUUUGACCAGAAUCUAUUUAUUUAGCCGGUUAAUUUUGGUUAGAUUUCUUUAUAUUUCACCUCAUACUAUAUCUAUAUCAAGUUAAAUGACAAUAAAAUUUUGCACAUAUCACAACAUUUACUCUUUAAUUUUUUCAUCACUCGCGUAUCACUGACCACGUAAAAUACUAACCACCUUUUAUAGUUCUACAAA